AUGCCACCAUUCACUCAGAUCGCUGCGUUCCAACGUGCCGAGGAUAUAUACGGCAAGGAAGGUCUGUCCAGCAAAAACACCACGUUGGUGCUGGACCUUCUAUUGAGUACCGACAAAGGCGCCGGUUUCACGAUUCUCCGCAACGGAAUUGGCUCUAGCAACAGCUCAACCAGCAAUUUCAUGAACUCCAUCGAGCCUUUCAGUCCUGGAUCACCGAGCGCAGGCCCGCACUAUGUCUGGGAUCGCAACGACAGCGGCCAAUUUCCGUUAGCUCAGGCGGCAUAUGACCGCGGUCUCGUUAACUUGUACAGCAAUGCGUGGUCGGCACCUGGAUACAUGAAAAUAAAUGGCGACGAGAAUAACGGGGCGUACGCGGACUAUAUAGUUCAAUGGGCGCGCUUUUACAAACAGUCUGAUGUGAAGGUGCCUAAUAUCGGCUUUUUGAAUGAGCCCGAGUUUGCCGCAACUUAUGCCGACAUGCUGUCCGACGGAGUUCAUGCUGCAGAGUUUAUCCGAGUGUUAGCAAAGGCUGUUAAGGCUUCUUUUAUGAACCUUGCAAUGAACUGA